GGGCAGGGCAGGGCAUAGUGGCAGGGUCCGGCUGAGUAGUAUCGAUAGCUGCUGCCGCUUGUGCUGCUUGAGGCGACCGCUGCCAACGCAUAACAAUUGCGUAGCACCUCACGACCACUUACGCGCUGCCCAUCGACCAUGGCAGUGAAGAAGACCAAAGUGGUCCUCAAGGUCGAACUGCCCGCGGGCAAGCUGGGCCUGACUGCCGUCGGGAGCCCGCCCGCGGUCGGCGCGGUCAGGACCGACUCGCCGGUCGUGGGGCGGGUCGUGCCCGGGGACGUCAUCCUCUCGCUCACCCGUCCGGGCUUGGGCGACGUCGACACGACGAACCUGGAUGGCCAGGCGGUGAUGGACACGCUCAUUAAGUUCGCCAAGCGGGAAGGCCGCAGUCUGACGGUCGAGAAACACGGUAUGUACAGGGUCGGCGUCCCGCCUGGGCCGCUUGGAGUCUCGUUCGUAGAUGGCACGUGCACCGUGCACGCGGUAAAACCCACGUCGCCGCUGCUGAGCACGACGAAGGAGGGCGACACGCUUUUGUCCGUGAAUGGCCAGCCGGUGACGCCGACGACCAUCCUCGACGUCACCAAGGCGGCGGACGAUGGAACCAGCGAGUGCAAGCUCGUCUUCCUGGGCACUGGCUGCGAGAUUGUGGAGGACAUAGUGGUGGCGGAGGGCCCGGCGCUCACGAACGAGACGCUGCGAGACUGGGUGGGGCGCUGGUGCGGCGGCGUGCGUUGGAAUUUAAAGCGGCACCUUCGCCGAUUUGAUCCGCAUCUCCCGCAACUUGGUAACCGCGAGGGCCUGCCGCCCAUAUCAAAGUGGAAUACGAGCCGCGUCACGGACAUGAGCCGUCUCUUCAUGGGCAAAUCUAAGUUUAACGACGACAUCAGCGCGUGGGGCUGCGUGGAAAUCAACCAAUGUGUCGGGUGCACCCGACAAUUCUUCACUAAGUCAUUUCUCGGCGAUGGCGCUGCCGUCCUGGCUUGGUCGAGCGGCGAGGAACCGGCAUCGCCACGCCAUCGAGCAGGCGUCGCGUCGAUGGCGUGGAGGACGACGCGACGAUUCAGCACGAACGCGCCGUAAAAUUUUGAUUUCCACACAGGCGUGGGAUACCUCCAAUGUCACAGAUAUGAGCUACAUGUUCCACGGCGCCAAGUCGUUCAACCAGCCGCUGAACGACUGGUGCGUCGACAAUGUCACGAAUAUGCGAGGGAUGUUCAGCUGUGUCCGUUACAAAGAUGAUGGUUAUGGUGGUUAUUACGUACGGGUAAUAAGGGGAUCGUCGUUCAACCAGCCGCUGAACGACUGGCGGGUCGACAACGUCACGGAUAUGCGCGAGAUGUUCGCCUACGCCUCAUCGUUCAACCAGCCGCUGAACGACUGGCGGGUCGACAAGGUCACGAAUAUGGGCGGGAUGUUCAUUAACGCCUCGGCGUUCAACCAGCCGCUGAACGACUGGCGGGUCGACAAUUUUACGCCCUCACCAACUCCCGGCGGGUGCUGGGUGCUGUGCUGCCCCAUCUCGUGAACUCGCUCGCUUUUUGCCUCGUGCUGUACACGCACGCACUUCCAAAGUACUCUCUCUCGCACUUCCACGACUGCACAUAGCUGCCGCGGCGGCCCACUUCUGUACACACCAUGCACAUACACUCCUCUCCUUAUCCAUACUAUCUGUAA